UUCAAUGUGCCAUGGCGGUCCCUCGCCUCCUCGACACUUGUUGCGCGGCCAUAUCCAAUGGCGUCUUCCAGCGCUCGUUCUUCCGUCGAUCGAGAGGGAUAGCGGCUUGUUCGUUUCGAUCCAGGUAUUCCUUGGCAGCUGCUGCUGCUGCUGCCGCGGCGCCGAAAUCCAAGAAGCAGCGCAAUGUCCCGACGCUGCUGGAGAUCGAGGCGCUGGCGGUGGAGGAAUCGCAAUCGCCGCGGCUGGAGAGGGGCCAGGUCGUGAAUGCGCUGCUGUCGCUGCUGGAGCGCCAUGGGAUUCCUUCACGGUACGCUUUCGAAGUUCUCAGGGAGGCCGACGAGAUUAUCAGCGCCUUGCAAGAGGAGCAAGAAGAUGCUACAUUUUCCGAUACGCACGAUCCGCGCAGCAAUCUUUCUUCCCAGGCACCGAGAGCUGCCGAGAGCGGCGUCUCGACAGUGCUGGCCCGUGCCGAAGAGAAGAAUUUCUCCAAGCUGGUUUCCUACUUCCACAAGCUCGGGAUCAAAGCCUCGGAUGUGUCAAAGGUGAUGCCGUUCGUUCUAGAGUCGGGCGUAGAGCCAGUGGACACAAUGGUGGAGUUUCUCCAAGGCGUUGGUGUCAAGUACAACUCCUUGGCUAGAGUGAUCGUGGCGUGGCCCAAGAUUUUCCACCAUCACCCCAACGAUCUAGCUCCCGCUGUCGUGGUACUCAACCGGCUCGGUUUCACGUCCAUGAGCCUCUCGAGUUUGGUGGCGAGAGCUCCACUGCUGCUCUCGAGAAGCGCGGAUGAUCUCACUCAGUGUGUCACGUACAUGGCGAGCAUUGGCUUGUCUCGCAGAGACACGGAAAGGCUUGUCAACCGGUAUCCAUCGGUUCUCAUGGAUGGGGAAAAGCUGAAAAGCCUGGUAACUUAUCUGGAAAGCAUUGGAGUUCGGCAAACCAGCAUCGGACGGAUCAUCUCCAGAAAGCUUUCUCUUCUCGAGACGGACGCUCAGGGUCUGGCUCCCUUGGUAGAUUUUCUAAAGAGCACCAACGCCACCGCCGACGACAUCAAUAAGAUUCUCUAUCUGUAUCCAGGACUUCUGGGAUACAGUCCUGAGGCCCUUCGCCGAGUAGUGUCUUUUCUCGAGAAUCUGGGCGUGCCACCAUUGCUGAUGGGAAAACUGCUUAGAAGACACCCGCGACUGCUGGCGAUCAAGCAUGACAUGCAGGAGAGAGUUGAGUUUCUCUUCAGCUUGGGCCUAGUGCGCAAGGACCUUGGCAAAGUUUUGUUUAAAGCUCCGCAGCUGAUGACUCUUCACAUCAAGGACAACAUGAUACCGACCGUGCGCUUCCUUGCGAGUCUCGGUGUUGAUGUCGUCAGGGUUAUGCGGUCCAAGCCAAUGGUUCUGGGCUUGAACGUGGAAACCAAGAUCCGUCCGAACCUCAAGUUCAUACAAAAUCUAGGCAUUGACUCGGAAAGCAUCGGCAAGGUGCUCAGCCUCAUUUGCUGACUUUGAGCAUCGACAAGAAACUACAGCCAACUGUGUGCUUCUUCCUGGAUUUCAAAGGAAGGAAAUUUCCGACAUGGUGAAAAGAUUGCCAUCGCUCCUGGGCUUCAGCAUCGCGACGCUUCUGGUUCCCAAUUCUUCAGCUACAGCCUCAACAAGAGGCUCAUACGCCGGUUCG